CUCCUCUAUCUCUACAGACAGAAAAUGGGGAUGUUCUGUGCACGCUCCGUCUUGGCAACUGUAUUGGCAUUGACCUUUAUAAUCCUAUGCGACACAUUCAAACCCACUCAGAGGCCAAAGUAUCAGUACACCAAAAAACCCCCUAGAGAGGUGGUCCAAACUACCGUAUAUGCAGGAAAGCCAACAGUCACAGCACGGAUUGUGGACUACACGAAAACAAGAGAGCAGCGCACCCCUGUGUACAUGACAGCGAGCACUACAGUGACUGCUGACAGCUACAUAGACUACCCUACAGACACCAGCGCAUCUCCCACCGCAGCCAAAGACAAUUACACGCUAGAUUACAAUGAAUGCUACUUCAACUUCUGCGAGUGCUGCCCGCCGGAGAAAGGCCCACAAGGAUUCAAAGGAGACAUGGGACUGCCAGGACCCCCUGGGGAAAAGGGAGCACCUGGACCCAGUGGUCUACCAGGCCCAAUAGGGCCAAAGGGCAAUUCAGGAUCUAAAGGGGAUAAAGGAGAGAAAGGUGAUCAAGGAAAUACAGGAUUCGCAGGAUCGCCAGGAAACCAGGGAAAGGCUGGAAUGAAAGGUGAGAUGGGUAAUAAAGGUGAGAAGGGUGCAGCUGGCCUGCCAGGAUUCAAAGGAGAAAAGGGAGAAAAGGGAGAUCCAAACUUUAAUGUGUCAAAAGGCGACCAGGGAGAGCCAGGCAAAGAUGGACUUCCAGGACCCCAAGGCUCAGCUGGUGAAAAGGGUGAAAAGGGCGAGAGAGGAGAGUGCGGUUUGCUUGGCGACAGGGGCCAGAAAGGUGAGCCUGGGGACCCUGGAUCUCCAGGUGUGCGUGGGGAUCCGGGUCCAUCUGGGCAACAUGGCAUGCAUGGAAAUCCAGGCAUCACUGGAGAACGAGGGGAACCAGGAACUCCAGGACCAAAGGGUGAGCCGGGAACACAAGGGCCACCAGGAACCAAAGGCUUGAGAGGUCUCAGGGGAAUAAAGGGUGACCGGGGCCCCCAAGGGAAGCGUGGAGAUCGAGGCCUACGGGGAAUGAAGGGUGCCAUGGGUAUAAGUGAUUCGAGAAUAAGAUCCGCUUUUAGUGUUGGACUAUAUCCCAGCAAGUCUUUUCCUCCUUCAGGAUUUCCAGUCCGCUUUGACAAGGUCUUCUACAAUGGGGAAAACCAUUACGACGUAGUCUCAUGCAAAUUCAACUGCAGCUACUCUGGAGUGUAUGUGUUCUCCUACCAAAUCACAGUGAGAAACAAACCACUACGUGCUUCUUUAGUGGUGAACGGGGUGCGCAAGGUACGGUCGAGGGACACUCUUCAACCUCAGGACAUUGACCAGGCAUCUAAUCUAGUGAUCCUCAAGCUGGACGUGGGAGACCAGGUAUGGGUCGAGACGCUGAGAGACUGGAACGGUGUUUACUCCAGCAGUGAAGAUGACAGCACCUUCUCCGGGUUCCUGCUUUACCCUGACUAA